CCUUGACAGCUCAACAAUGUGGACCUACAUGAUGGCUGCCGCCCGCGGAGAUCGGGUUAACUCAAUGAUGUCCACCAGAAGACGCCCCGAAACCGAAUCCCCAAAAUACGGAUACAACCUCUCCUCCCGCCCCAUGUACCGCACCACCCGCUUCGUGGGACCCGCCUCCUCAGCGCCCGCCCAGUUGCAGCUGCCCCAUCAAUCGCACCACCAGCAGCCAGGGGCGUUGCCGGUCCCACCUCCACUCGAAGAGAUUAGGGGUGGCUUGUUCGCUCCGUUUGCGCCAACCGCAGCGAUUUCUGUCGAACAGGCAGCCAGCUCGAUUCCCUUGGGAGCGGAAACCGAUGAGCGCCUGGAGGUGCAUCAACUUCAUUAUCCACGCAGAAGUUGGCAAAGGACCCAUCGCCAUGGAAAUCAGGUUGAGGUGGAUGACGACGAGGAUGACGACGAGGAUGAUGAUGAUUUCGGUGGGGCCAAUGGUGAGGACAACCAAGAGGAAGUCAUUGCUCCGGCUGAUCUGCAGCAGCAUCGACACAAGCACCACCAGCUGCAGAACCAUCGCCACCAACGACAACAGCAGCCGCACCAGCAGCACUCCAGUGAUCCCAGCUACGUGGAAAACGGCAGAAAGCUGAUACAGGUAGGAAAAAAGAAGAAAAUGCACAUCAUUUUUCCAUCGUGGCGUACAUAUAAUUUGAUUGGAGAUAACCGAUAGCACAGAGCAGAUAACUGAUCAACGAUAGCCCCUCCAACCCAUAACCGAUACAUUAUGGCCGCCAUUGUUCCGGGCCAGCAUUCAAAUAUGUGGAAAUCUAAUUAAGUAAUUGCUUUAAUUGAUUGACUCCACUGCUGCCUGCAGGAAUUGGCCUAGUUUCUGGCCAUACUGCAUGCUUCAUGCUCCAUGCC